CUCCCCGACCGUCGCCGCGGGGCCCGGGACUCGCUCACUCCUCCCUCCUUCCCACCCGGGCUAGGGCGGCGGCGGCGGCAGCGGGGGCGGCAGAGACCAUCACGGGAGGAGGCAGCUGCGGCGGGGCUGGCCCAAACACGCAGCCGACUGCCAUCCAUCCCUUUUAGUCUUGAUUCAGCCUUUUAAAGGGGUUUAGAGUGGCAAUGUGACACACAAACCAUUCUUCAUUAUGAAAGAAUCCUAAUGCAGCGGGUUAGCUGGUGGUGAGCAGAAGCUUGGGGCCAACCUGGUAGGCUCCCCAAGGAAACCCUUUGAAACCAAUGGAUGCAUUCACGGGCUCGAGUCUCAAAAGGAAGUUUGAUGAUGUGGAUGUGGGCUCAUCAGUUUCCAACUCAGAUGAUGAGAUCUCCAGCAGUGACAGUGCUGACAGCUGUGACAGCCUCAAUCCUCCUACAACUGCCAGCUUCACACCCACAUCCAUCCUGAAGCGGCAGAAGCAGCUACGGAGGAAGAAUGUCCGCUUUGACCAGGUGACGGUAUACUACUUUGCCAGGCGCCAGGGUUUCACCAGUGUGCCCAGCCAGGGUGGUAGCUCUCUGGGCAUGGCCCAGCGCCACAACUCUGUACGCAGCUAUACACUCUGUGAGUUUGCACAAGAGCAGGAGGUGAACCAUCGAGAGAUUCUUCGUGAGCAUCUGAAGGAAGAGAAACUCCAUGCCAAGAAAAUGAAGYUGACCAAGAAUGGGACCGUGGAGUCGGUAGAGGCUGAUGGCUUGACACUGGAUGAUGUUUCAGAUGAAGACAUUGAUGUGGAAAAUGUGGAGGUGGAUGAUUACUUCUUCCUGCAGCCUCUUCCCACCAAAAGGCGACGGGCCCUGCUUAGGGCUUCUGGGGUUCACCGCAUUGAUGCUGARGAGAAGCAAGAACUUCGAGCCAUCCGCCUAUCUCGGGAAGAAUGUGGUUGUGACUGUCGACUAUAUUGUGACCCAGAAGCAUGUGCCUGUAGCCAGGCUGGGAUUAAAUGCCAGGUGGAUCGCAUGUCCUUUCCGUGUGGCUGCUCCAGGGAUGGCUGUGGGAACAUGGCUGGGCGCAUUGAAUUUAAUCCAAUCCGAGUYCGGACUCAUUACCUCCAUACCAUCAUGAAGCUGGAGCUAGAGAGCAAGCGGCAGGUGAGCCGCCCGGCAGCCCCAGAGGAGGAGCCCUCACCCACUGCCAGUUGCAGCCUGACAGGAGCCCAGGGCUCCGAGACACAGGACUUCCAAGAGUUCAUCGCGGAGAAUGAAACAGCAGUGAUGCACCUGCAGAGCGCAGAGGAACUGGAGCGGCUCAAGGCCGAGGAAGACUCUAGCGGCUCCAGCGCCAGCCUGGACUCGAGCAUUGAGAGCCUGGGUGUGUGCAUCCUGGAGGAGCCCCUGGCUGUUCCUGAAGAGCUGUGCCCAGGUCUCUCAGCCCCCAUUCUCAUUCAGGCUCAGCUGCCCCCAGGCUCCUCUGUCCUGUGUUUUGCUGAGAACUCAGACCACCCGUCUGCUUCCACGGUGAACAACCCAUCCUACUUGAACAGCGGGCCCCUGGUCUACUACCAGGUGGAGCAGAGGCCAGUCUUGGGAGUGAAAGGAGAGCCUGGUACAGAAGAAGGCACAGCUUCUUUCCCCAAGGAGAAGGAUCUGAAUGUCUUCUCUCUCCCUGUUACCUCACUGGUGGCUUGCAGCCCCGCAGACCCAGAUGCCCUCUGUAAAUCAGAGGUGGGGAAAACACCCACUCUAGAAGCGCUAUUGCCCGAAGAUUGUAACUCUGAGGAGCCUGAGAAUGAAGACUUCCGCUCCUCUUGGUCCCCCUCAAGCCUCCCUUUCCACACGGACACUGAAGAAGGCUGUGGGGUGGAGAAGACCUCCCAGCAGAAUGAGGACCGACCCCCUGAAGAGUCUGCCCUAGAACUCCCUCUAGCAGUGUGAAGUGGGGGUGGAGAUACUGCCUCGCACCCAUUCUCUAUUUAUUCCCUUAUUUUAUCUAAUGCCAUUUCAAAACAAAACUGUAGAAGCAGCUGCUGCUCCCAUGUUAUUUUAUUGGGGUCGAUGGGAAAUGGGUGGGAAAGGAUUGUUUGUACAAGUAUUUUUUGAAAGGGAAACAGUACCAAGGAAACCAGCCCCAGCUUGAUGUGGGGAUAGGUUAGAGGAAGCUGCACAGUGCUGAACACUGAGCUUUCUGGGCCAUUGGAACAAAGCCGUAGGACCUCACAGGAGGAUCUGGGUAAUUCAAGCAGCUAUUUAUGUAGGGACCAGAACACGAGACUCUGUACACAGGGCAAAAAGUCCCUGCUCUCCUGGGCUCCAGGCAGAGUGAAAGCUUAUUUCUCAGUGGUUGCUCUGAUACCCAUUUUGGUAUAUCCAAUCAUACUAUUGGAAAGGCCACCUGGUUGGAUCUAGUGAGGAGAGGCAGAAAGGUCUCUGUUUCUGUACAAAACCUCCAGGAUUUCUAAAAAUUUACCAUACCUUCCCCCGAUCCCCUAUUUGAUAAAUAAGUUAAUAUUUGACAUGUUUGGUGUUCCCUGACCUGCUCCCCAUACUGGGGAUUCUUGGUCUGUAACUUGAAUUGUUUCUUUCACAUGUUCUUAGAUACUAGA